UAAGUGAAGUGAAUCCCCAGUGUAAAACUACCAGCCUAGCAUAUAUUGGUUCCAAGUAAAAGAAGUAAAGUUUUAACCAAGUUACAUUUUGAAAAUAUAAUGAAUUAUGACUGAUAACACUAUACUGUUUUUAUCUAACAUCAAGCAAAGCAACACCAGGAGUCCGAUAAAUAGAAAUAUAUCAUGGACAGUGAAAACAUUAACAAUUCUGGGGUUUGUGUUGUCAUCUCUUACAGCAUUUCCUGUUUCCCUGGCAAUCCUCAGAACUCAGACAGGAGGGUGGCCCCAUCAGUGCAUGUUGAAGGGCGAAGGCCUGGUACAGAGAAUUAUCCAUUUCAAGCAGAAGGAAAAUGGACAAGUUGUGGUGUUGGGACACAUUACAGGAUUGCCUGAAGGACAGCAAUUCCAUGUUCAUCAGUUUGCAAAUAAUAUACAAGGCUGUACUAGUGCCGGUCCUCACUUUAAUCCUCUAUCUCCAAAACAUGGUGGACCAAAGGAUCAAGAGAGGCAUGUUGAACACCUGGGCAAUGUGACUGCUGGAAAAGAUGGUGCGGAUGUGUCUAUUGAACAUUCUGUGAUCUCACUGUCAGGAGGCCACUCCAUCAUUGGCCACACAAUGGUGGUCCAUGAAAAACCAGAUGACUUGGGCAAAGAUGGGAAUGAAGAAAGUACAAAGAUGGGAAAUGCUGGAAGUUAUUUGGCUUGUGGUGUACUUGGGAAUUCCCAGUAA